AUGGCCGACUAUAUCAACGAACUGUUGGAGGGGAGAAUUGACUUCGAAGGGCAGAAAUUGGUUGAGAAGCUGAUGUAUUAUGUCCUUAUUGCCUCAACGAUUGCUGCGUUCAUAACAGGAUUGGCGCUCCAGUCGUUAAGCUUGACUUUCGGUACCAUGGGGCUUUCAGUCGCUGUCCUUGCUGUGGCUAUCAUUCCUCCUUGGCCAGCAUACCGGUCACACCCGAUUAAAUGGCUCCCAGCAAGCCCGCAGCCUGGAAAGAAGUAG